GGCCGCCGCGGCCGCUCACGCCUCGAGAUCGCGCACUGCGAUAACUUGCAUUGCGUCUCGCUACUCUUUACUUAUCGGUAAUGGAACUCGAAAAAAGAAGCUAAAACUUUUAAAGUCGAUGAGUGGACGGUAAAAGAUGUAAUGUGGGGAGAGAUGUGGUGUCGGUGAUCGCGCGAUGCGGCGACAGCAGCGCGCGUCUGCCGCGCGAUGAGCGCGCGUCGCAAGUCCUCCGCGCGUUCAGCUCGCCUGCACGCGCGUCGCCUAGCGCUGCCUAUGUUUAAGCUCUUGCUGAUCCUGUCCUUAACGCCAGUUAACCUCGAGCGUACUGCUACGGUGGAUCGCUUGGAGAACGUAACGCAUACCGUUACGCGAAUACUUGACGGUUACGACAUCCGACUCCGCCCUAAUUUUGGUGGCGACCCGCUCUACGUCGGCAUGGAUUUAACCAUUGCUAGUUUUGACGCCAUUUCCGAAGUAAAUAUGGACUACACUAUAACACUUUACCUGAACCAAUACUGGAAAGAUGAAAGAUUGGGGUUUGGCUUGCCAGAAGAGGUUUUGACUCUAUCAGGAGACUUUGCUGAUAGAAUUUGGGUGCCUGAUACAUUCUUUGCAAAUGAUAAGAAUAGUUUCCUCCACGACGUAACGGAACGCAACAAGCUGGUGCGCCUGGGCGGCGACGGCAGCGUCACCUACGGCAUGCGUUUCACCGCGACACUGGCCUGUAUGAUGGACCUGCACUACUAUCCGCUGGACAGCCAGAAUUGCACCGUCGAGAUUGAAAGCUAUGGCUACACCGUGUCAGACGUGGUGAUGUACUGGAAGGAGACACCAGUACGAGGUGUCGAAGAUGCAGAACUGCCUCAGUUCACCAUUCUGGGGCAUGAAACUAAUGACAGGAAAGAGAAGUUGGCGACGGGCAUCUAUCAGCGGCUGUCACUCAGCUUCAAGCUGCGCAGGAAUAUCGGCUACUUUGUGUUUCAGACCUAUCUACCAAGUAUUUUGAUUGUGAUGCUCUCUUGGGUAUCCUUUUGGAUUAAUCACGAGGCAACUUCGGCAAGAGUUGCUUUAGGUAUAACCACCGUCCUGACGAUGACGACAAUAAGUACGGGAGUGCGUAGCAGCCUGCCUCGUAUAUCGUAUGUGAAGGCUAUCGACAUCUACCUAGUGAUGUGCUUCGUGUUCGUAUUCGCCGCUCUACUUGAGUAUGCGGCGGUGAACUAUACCUACUGGGGCGCUAGGGCGAAGAAACGGGCCAAGUUAAAAAACCGAGAGCAAGUCUCUACUAGCGCUAGUGUGGAUAAGGAAAUGAAGAACUCUGGUGGGCCCCAUUCUCCAGAGGAAAUCAUAGCACUUCGAGAAUACACCACUACCACCGGCAGGGUGUCUCCACUGCCGAGCCUGCGGUCAAGGCCCCUUCCGCCUAGCACUGGGGCCCCACCAUCUCUUCGUCUUCAACGAGACUACUCUAACUUACGUUACAGAACUCGGCCACAUUCCAGAAGGAACAGUGGCAACAGGCCGAAGAUGAUGCACGCCCUGAAACGCGGUGCUACGGUGAUCAAAGCGUCCAUGCCUAAAAUACGAGACGUCAACGUUAUAGACACAUACUCGCGGGUCAUUUUCCCCAUCUGUUUUCUAAUUUUUAACGCCGUGUAUUGGACCUUUUAUAUAUUUGACUAAAGAACACGUAAUUAUAAUUAUUAUUAUAGAUUAAAAACUAAUAAUAUAAUAAAUUCCUCAAAUUCACCUAUUUUAGGUAUUAAUGCAAUUUAUGACUCGAUUCUGUGACCAGCAGCAAGCUCUAGCGACUGGAGACAGCAACAAGCGACCGUGCCGCCGACCGCAAGUGACACUACUGGUUUCUAUACGUUUUCAAUGGUUUUGUAUGAAGGUAUUAUAUUCUGAGGAGAUACCUAUCUACGGUGACACUGCUGCUGCGUUCCCGCGCUGAUGCAAACCUAUACUGGUACAUAAAAUACAUAGGAACCAGUAGUAUCAUUUGCGAUCGGCAGCGCGGUCGCUUGUUGCUGUCGCCAGUUGCUGCAACUUGCCGCUGGUCUCGGAAUCGAAGCUUUAGAAUUAAACAAGUGCUACGUUGUCUGUACUUCUAUUAUAAAUAUAAUAUUGCUUAGUAUGCUGUUAGUAAUUAAUAAUAAUACUCGUAGGUAACUUAACUAUUUACUUAUCAGUUAUUCUUAUCUACAAUUCAACACGAUAUAUAUAUUUUUCCAGUAGGGAUGAUGACUAUGAGUCAAAUCAGAGACAUUUUAUCAAAGGUCAAAAGCUCUCGUACUUGGCAGCUUGUAGGUAUGAAAUACAUAGAUGUGCAUUGUGCAUUCAUAAACAUUCAAUGUAAUUUUCCGUACUUUUUUAAUUUA